AUGGCACUGGUCAACGAGAAUCAGACACACGCAGCGGCGUUUGUACUAACAUUGGCAGCUGUCUACGAGGAAGAGAAAGCCCUCCGUCUGGAGAAGGAGGCUGAGCAUCGAGAAGUCCUCCAGGAGAAGGAAACUUGGGAAGAAAGAUACCAAGACCUUGACGGAGGCACCAGCAUCGAGAUUGAGGCUCUGAAGAAUCGACUCCGUGACAAGGAGGAGAUCAUUCAGAACCUCCGCGACAAGGUUACGGCGAUACCAAAGCCGCAAGUUCGAGUGGAAUCUCCAUCGGGGACUUCAACGGAACAAGAGUCGCUGCCUCAAAGGCAGGCCUCGUUGGAAGCGACUCCGAGCCCCUCGACAGUGCUUGGUACGAAGACAGAGAAGCUGCCUCAUCCAGAGGUCUUUGAGGAUGGAUCUCCUCAGAAGUUUCGCUCUUGGUUGUCAGCCAUGAAGAUGAAGUUCAUGGUUAACGCGGCGCUCUUUCCGACAGAGCUAUCUAAGGUCGCCUAUGUACAAUCACGCACAGGCGGCGACGCUCAGGAAUUGCUUGGGUCAUAUUUCGAGGACUUCAAGAGGGCCCAGAUUUCAGAUAUAUUCGCGGACCUUUCAACUCGAUUCGAUUCUCCGUUUCGACAAGAGACUGCUCGUAGGGAGUAUCACUACUUACGGCAAAGGCAGCAGGACCUCGCUGCAUUCUUAGGGGAUUUCCGACAGCUUUCUCGCGAAGCAGAGGUCCGAGAAGAGGAUCAGAUCGUGGACCUUCGAGAUAAGAUUCGAGAUGAUCUGAAGCAAGUAAUCAUUCUCCGCAGAUAUGCAUCAAUUCAGGAGAUGAUUACAGACCUGACAUACGCCAACAUAAAUAGUCGACGUAUUGCCUCAAAUAAACCAGCAGCUAGCGCCAACACGCCGGUAAAACCUUUGGUUCCUAGCACCUGUUAA